CCUCAACACCACGAAUAUACAUCACCACUUUCCUCCACCGCUCCUCUCACUCUUCUCUCGAACUUGGUACCUCCAACACUCGCCCAUCAUGUUCAGGAACAACUACGACAACGACUCGGUGACCUUCUCACCCCAAGGCCGCAUCUUCCAAGUCGAGUACGCAUCAGAAGCCGUGAAGCAGGGCUCCGUCGUCGUGGGCAUAGUGAGCAAGACACAUGCCGUGCUUGCGGCCAUUAAGCGCAACGCCGAAGAACUCUCCUCCUACCAAAAAAAGAUCAUCCCAAUAGACUCCCACUAUGGCGUCGCCCUCGCCGGCCUCGCCUCCGACGCCCGCGUCCUCUCCAAUUUCAUGAAGCAGCAAUCUCUCGCCUCCCGCCUGACGUACGACCGCGCGAUCCCCCUGGCCGAAAUCACCCUCCGCAUCGCCGACCGCGCGCAGAGUAACACGCAGAACUACGGCAAGCGGCCCUACGGCGUCGGCCUCCUCAUCGCCGGCGUCGACGCCCGCGGCCCGCACCUCUUCGAGUUCCAGCCGAGCGGCGUCACGCAGGAGAUGCAGGCGUGUGGGAUUGGGGCGCGUAGCCAGAUGGCGCGGACGUAUCUGGAGCGGAACUUGGAGGAGUUUGAGGGCGCCAGUAGGGAGGAGCUGGUCAAGCAUGCGUUGAGGGCGUUGAAAGAGAGUUUGGCGCAGGAUAAGGAGCUGACAAUUGAGAAUACGAGUGUGGGACUUUGCGGAGUAGACGAGAACUUCAAGCUUUAUGAGCAUGCGGAGGUUCAGGAGUGGUUGGAGACGACGUUUGAGAAUCGGGAGGCGCCGGCUGAGGAGGAGGGCAUGGAGGUGGAUUCGGAUUCAUGAGGGGUGCUUGAGUGAGCGGGUAUGCCUAAGGGGUCGUAAAACCUAGAUGAAAUGCUGGUUCGGGGAUGAAGGCU